AGCUCCCUCAUUUUGGUUUAGAUAUCAGACUGUGAUAUUGCAGACGGCGUUUUCACCCAGCACUUUCUACAGUUUAUUCCAAUUCUAAAUUUAGAACAAGGGUGAUCCAAAAUGGAUUGGCAUUCUCUUCAGUCUCUGCUGGGUGGAGUGAACAAGUACUCAACACCGCUGGGGAAGGUGUGGCUCUCAGUCGUUUUCAUUUUCCGUGUAUUGGUCUUGGUGGUUGCAGCUGAGACUGUAUGGGGAGAUGAACAGAGUGACUUUGUGUGCAACACACAGCAACCCGGGUGCAGGAAUGUGUGCUACGAUCAUUUCUUCCCCAUCUCCCACAUCAGGCUGUGGGUUUUCCAGCUCCUCUUUGUGUCCAUGCCAUCAUUUCUCAUUGGUAUGCAUGUUCAUCAAAGGAAAAAAUACAAGAAGAAUAUAAAAAUCUUUCAUCAAAAUGCAGAUGUGCAGAAAGUAAAAAUCGAUGCCCCUCUUCUUCGAACUUACUUGGUUAGCAUUUUCUUCAAAAUAUCAUUUGAAGCUGUCUUUAUGUACCUAUUUUAUUGGAUUUAUAAAGGCUACAAGAUGCUCAGACUUGUCAAAUGCAGUGAAUAUCCCUGUCCUAAUAUUGUGGAUUGCUUUGUUUCUAGGCCAACAGAGAAAACAAUCUGUACAAUUUUCAUGUUAGUGACUUCAGCUGUAUGCAUGUUGUUGAAUCUUGCUGAACUGUGCUAUUUGCUUGUAAAAUACUGUGUUUUUCAGUAUAAGCAGCCUCUCUCCAGUAAAGAACAAUAA